AUGGAGAUCUUUCAGAAACAGGCGCUCUCAUUGGCUGGCGCGGCCCAGGCCACGUGGGGCGGCUGCCGGGCUGGCCCCGCCCCUCAGCACCCCGGAACCUGCAUGGGGCGGGGGGUGCGGGGGGGCGACCCCCGGCUCCGGCGGGACCCCCGAUCCCGGCGGGACCCCCGAUCCCGGGGGGGGCCCCGGCCGCGCCCCGCCCCGGGCAGCUCCGGAACCCCUCCCGGCAGCGCCUCCGGGAGCGCCGGGCCCCCGCGAGCCUGGCCGGGCCUGGCCCCGCACCCCGAAGUUGGGACCGCGCCCCCCACCCUGGGCAGCACCGGGCACACGGGCACCCCACCCGGGCACCGGGACCCCCCCACCCGCGGCACCUGCACCGCGCACCGGGACCCCCCCGCUCAGGGCACCUGCACCCCCACGCACCCGUGGGUCCUGCACAGCUCACCCGUGACACCCACCCGGGACCGCCAGCCAUGCCCCCCCCGCCACAGCACCGGGCCGGGGACCCCCCCCAUGUACCAUCCCAAGCAGCCACCAGUCAUGCCAGGUGCCGUGCCAGGUAGCCACAUGCUGUUCCAGAGGCCCCGCACCAGCCGCCCACGGCAGCUCCUAGUGCCACUCAGGCCCAUGGCACUGCUGGCCACUGGCGUGGCCGUCCCAACGACCACGGGAUUCCCACCCCUGCCCAGCCCUUCCCAGCAGCUGCCGGUGCCACCGGGAUGGGUGACACGGGGACUGUCGCCCUACAGAGACGGCAGCGACUCGGCAUGGGUGACAAGGGACCUGGAGGGGCCCGGCACAGCUCCAGGGGUCUCGUGUCCCCGAGCCGGGCCGUGGUGGGACAUGGGGGGCUGCGCGGGUGACACCCGCAUCCCGCGGGUCCCCGGGGGACAUCCCGGCCGCACCCCCCGCCCGGACACAGCACCGGAGCCGCCCCGCGUGGGCCGCCCCCACCCGUGA